CCACGGUUAUCAAUAAAGAUUUUUUAGAGAGAUAAAACUCCAUUAACAACACAUAAUCCUUCUCUCUCUAGCUCAAUUCACAGCUUCUGACGAAGAACCUCAAGUCAAUUUUCUCAAUUUCGGGUUCACAUAAAUUCGGUUCGGGUCGGGUCAGCUAGGAUGGGUGACUCAUACUGUUCGGACUGCAAACGGAACACGGAGGUGGUAUUUGACCAUGCCGCCGGUGAUACAGUUUGUUCGGACUGUGGACUUGUGCUGGAAUCGAGGUCAAUUGAUGAGACUUCUGAGUGGCGUACGUUUGCUGAUGAAUCCGGUGAUCAUGACCCGAACCGUGUUGGAGGACCCGUUAACCCGUUGCUUGGUGAUGUCGGUCUUUCUACUGUCAUUUCUAAAGGUCCUAAUGGAAGUAAUGGAGAUUCAUCUCUAGCUAGGUUGCAGAAUCGAGGUGGUGAUCCUGAACGUGCCCUAGUUAUGGCUUUUAAAGCUAUUGCUAAUAUGGCUGAUAGGUUGAGCCUUGUUUCCACCAUAAAGGACCGAGCAAGUGAGAUAUACAAAAGGCUGGAAGACCAGAAGUGUACGAGAGGAAGGAAUCUGGAUGCCUUGGUGGCUGCUUGUAUUUACAUUGCGUGUCGGCAAGAAGGCAAAGCACGCACUGUAAAAGAAAUAUGCUCAAUCGCCAAUGGAGCUACAAAGAAGGAAAUUGGCCGAGCAAAAGAGUUCAUUGUGAAACAAUUGAAGGUUGAAAUGGGAGACUCAAUGGAGAUGGGAACUAUACAUGCUGGAGACUAUCUGAGACGUUUCUGUUCUAACAUUGGAAUGAACCAUGAAGAGAUUAAGGCUGUCCAGGAAACUGUCAAAAAGUCAGAAGAGUUUGAUAUAAGGAGGAGUCCUAUUUCGAUUGCUGCAGCAAUAAUAUACAUGCUAACACAGCUUACAGAUUCAAGGAAACCCCUGCGAGAUAUCUCAAUUGCAACCACAGUUGCAGAAGGGACUAUAAAGAAUGCAUAUAAGGAUCUCUAUCCACAUGCUUCCAAAAUUAUACCUCAAUGGUAUCUCAAGGAUAAGGACAUUAAGAGCCUAAGCAGUCCCAAGGCAUAGAGUUCGAUUUUUACAGCACCUGCUGCUCUCACUAAUCGUUUCCAAGUGUGAUUUCUAUGUUAUGUAUGGCAGCGCUUAAGGGCAUGUCGGUUGAAGGACCUAAAGAGCCUGUGUAGUUUAGAUUAGUUUUUAGCAGUACGCGAAUUUGCUGCUAGAAAGGCCUAAAUCUUCAAGAAAGUGCCCAGAAUAGAGACAAUUAGAUAGAUAUAUUGAAGUUAUAAGGGUAGUGUACUAUAAUAUGUUGAUCCCCUUAGUAAUCAGAAUCUUUUUCAUUUCCACUUUUCUUCCCUCCCACAAUACAGAUAGGCUAAUUAAUUUCAUAAUCUAUUUGAUGUA